AUGCUAUUGUUCAUUUAUAUCCUCUUUCCUACUUUAAGCAAAGCAAUUUAAUCCUAUUUUGUUAAAUUUGGUGAAGUUAAGACCUUAUUUGAAGUUAUGGAUGCAUUAGAUGCCUAACUAGUUUAGAUAGAGUAUUGAUUACAAUUAACCUAGUGAUGAUCAUAAAAUAAUGACUAAUUCACAGUUUUGCUUUCUCUAAAAUCGAACUUUAUUUACAGAAGGAUAAACAUUUACAUUGUCUACUAGUGAUAUAAUAUAUGAAGAUUCUGAUCUCUUAAUAGAUAUGGUUAUACUUGGAAAUAAUGAUAUUUAUGGAUUAACAAUAAACAAUCGUCUUUUCCAUGUCAAUAUAAAUUAGAAAAUCACCAAUAUAUAUGAUAUUAAUUUCACAAAUUACUAGGAUUCACUUCCAUAAUUAAUUGGAUAUUCAUAAAAUCUAAUUUUUAUCUAUCCUAAUUAUGCUUAUUAAAUUAAUUUUGGUGAUCUAAAAAAAUAAGGCGAUAUUAAGAAUUGGUAAAGUAGGCAAACUCGAUAUUAUUCUGAAAUUAUUGAUUUUUAUUUAUUUUCUGCUAUUGGAUAAGAUGGUUUAGAAAUCUAUUUUGUUAAUUAAGAAUAUUAAUCUUAUAAUUUAAACAAUUAAUCUAUUGGAUUAUUGGCAGUUGAUUUUAGAGAUUUUUCAAUUUAAAAAAUUAAGGACUCUAAUUAUAUAAUAUAUAUAUUGUGUAAGAUUAAUGGUGUUAUAGUAAUUGAUUUGACAAUAUCAAAUGAAUAAAUCUAUAGUAAUUUGAUUUUGAAGAAUGUUGGUCCUAAAAAUGAUGGAAUUGCAUUAACCAUUAAUAAUAAUGCAUUUGUAUUUGUAGCUUAUAAGUCUAAAAAUUAAUAUUAUGUGAUUUAAUUCAAUAUUGAAAUUUAUAGUAGAAAAUGGGGUUCUGUCGCUAAAUUCAACAUUUCAAAUAAAAUUUUAGAUAUUGAUGUUAAUGAGUAAUUUAUUCUUGUUUAAGGAUUUCACACUCAUUUUCUCAUUUAUUAUUUAGAUAAAUAAAAUGCAAUACCUUUUUAAUUAACUUCGGUUAAGUAAUUUGUUUUAGUUGAUUAGAAUAUAUAUGGAACUACAUCUAAAUAUUUAUUUCAAUUUCAACCAAAAAUAUAACCAUUUUAAAUUAAGUGCUUUAUUGAUAGUAUUAUAAUUUAUACAAAUUUUAGCGGAUUCAAAAUAAAUUGAACGAAAAUAUAAAUUAAUGUAUAGAACUAAUGAAAGUUGGAAAUAAAGAGAAUUUAAAGUUCAUUUUAAUUAAAGAUCUUAAAUUAUUUCAAUUUAAUUUUUGUUUUUCAUUUUAUUGAUAUUUAUCAUAUCAAUUUUAUUCUGUGUAACUUAUCGUUAAUGCAAACAUUAAAGAUAAAUAAUAAAAGAAAGCGAAUAAUUAGAAUAAAAGAUUAAGUCUCUACCUUAAAAUAGGGCAUCUAAAUUAUUAAUGCCUCAUACUUUUAGAGCAACUAAUACAAAUGUAGAAACAAGAAUAAAUACUAAUAAUUAUCCAGAUGAGAAUACAAUAUUAGAGAAAGAUACAAAAAUUUGUUGA